AGAGCCUCGCUUUGAAACAACAAAUUAUAACCUUGCCUUUCAGUGUGUCGGUUUGCGUCAGGAUCUGUGAAUGCAGGGCAUAAAUCGAGGGAGCAAGGAUUGUUUUUAAAUUCAUUUGUAAACAAAGACUUCUAGUCUAAGAAGUUCUACAACUAGAGAUGUCUUUGACAGUCGCAGGUUCCCGUUUCUUUACACGUGGCUUUGGGCCUAAGAGCCUACAAAACUGCGGGAUGCUUUUUGGUGUAUGUCGUCAGCAAUUGUCAACGACAGUGCAAGGAAACAAAAGUUUUUCAACACAUUCAGAUGGAUUAAGAGGAAUGGAUGUAGCAGAUAACUCCAGUUCAAAGUUGAAACUUAAUGGCAAGACUGUUCGCAUUGGCUGUGCUUCAGGUUUCUGGGGUGAUACUGCAGUGGCUGCCCCCCAGUUGGUGCAUUCUGGGAAGCUAGACUUUUUGAUGUUUGAUUAUCUAUCAGAGAUAACAAUGUCUCUUUUAACUGCAAUGAAGAAGAAAGUUCCAGAUAUGGGGUAUGCACCAGAUUUUGUGAAUGUUGCAAUUGGGCCACUUUUGAAAGACAUCAAGAAGAAAGGAAUAAGAGUGUUGAGUAAUGCUGGUGGAGUGAACCCAAAUGCUUGUGCGAUGGCUCUGAAGAAACAAUGCGAGAAAGCUGGUGUUGAUAUGAACAUAGCUGUAGUAACAGGAGAUGACCUUAUGCCUAAUUUAAAGAACCUUUUGUCUGGUGAAAUGGGUCCAGAUGUUUUAGGUGAGGUUGCCCAAAAUGCCAAGUUCAUUACAAGCAUGAAUGCCUAUUUAGGUAGCUGGCCAAUUUCACGUGCACUUGACCUUGGAGCAGAUAUUGUUGUAACAGGUCGCUGUGUGGACAGUGCAUUGGCUCUUGCCCCUCUUCUCCACACUUUCAAAUGGAAGCCUGAUGAUUAUGACCUUCUUGCAGCAGGGAGUUUGGCAGGACAUUUGAUAGAGUGUGGUGCACAAGUGACAGGGGGUAUAUUUUCUGGUUGGGAAAUGGUACCAGACUGGCACAACAUUGGGUUUCCAAUUGUAGAAUGUGCUGCUGACGGCGUCUUCAUGGUAACAAAGCCACAAGGAACUGGUGGUCUUGUUACAAAAGGCACAGUAGGAGAACAGCUAGUCUAUGAGAUUGGGGAUCCACAGAACUAUUUUUUGCCUGAUGUUACAUGUGAUUUCUCUCAAGUGAAUUUAAAAUCUGUGUUAGAUUCAAAUGACUGCAAUGCAGUAAUUGCUUCAAAUGCCAAAGGUAAACCACCACCAAACACAUUGAAAGUGAGUGGUACCUACUUGGAUGGAUUCAGAGCUACUGCAGUUUGCCCUGUUGUGGGCCCUCAUGCAGCUCAAAAGGCUGAAAGGGUUGCAGAGAGUAUCUUAAAAAGAUGCAGAACCAUGUUUUCUGUAUUGGGAUUACCAGACUUUUCAAAAACAAAUUUAGAAUUUUUAGGCUCAGAACACUCUUAUGGCCCAUAUGCAGUCAAUACAAAUACAAGGGAAGUUGUGCUAUGGAUGGCAGUCCAACACACCAAGAAGGAAGCCCUUGAGAUUUUUGCAAGAGAGAUUGCACCAGCUGGUACUGGAAUGGCACCAGGUCUAACACAUCUUAUUGGUGGACGUCCCAAAGUCUCUCCAGUUCUGAAAUUGUUUUCAUACUUCUAUCCAAGAGAAAAAGUUGAUAUUGAUAUUUAUAUGAAUGGUGAAUUUGUUGAGAAAUUCAAGCAGCCGGAAGUUGAUCUUUCUGGGGCAAUCUCUGACGACAAAGUAGACCAUAAAGACAGGUUUUCUGGAAAAUCUCAACAGCAUCCAUUUUUGAAGAACCUUAAUAAAGGAUCAUGUACCUUUCCUUUGGGUGCCCUUGCAUAUACAAGAAGUGGUGACAAAGGUAAUGAUGCAAACAUUGGCAUUGUUUGCAAAAAUCCAGGAUUCUACCCUUUCAUUAAAGAAGCACUAACUGAGGAGACUGUAGAAGCAUACUUUUCUCAUGUAUUUGAAAAUCAAAACCAAAAAGUAAAGGUGCAACGCUAUGAGCUGCCUGGAAUCAGUGCAUUGAACUUUGUUUUGAAGGAUUCACUUGGAGGGGGUGGCAUUGCCUCUUUGAGAAGUGAUCCUCAAGGAAAAGGCUUUGGACAAAUGCUUCUUGACUUUAAGAUUAAAAAUGUGCCUGAUUUACUUCCUUCUACUUCUGAACGGCUGACAGACUCUUAUGAAUAAGUCCUUUUGCUGAAAAAAUGCUAGCUGUAAAGAAACUAGUUAAUGUGGAGUCAAAUGUUUUAUCGCUGUUAACAUGAUGAAUAUUGCCUUGAGGAAAGUUUUUCAUAAAACCUUGCUGUUUGAUAAUGUUCUCUUCUUGUUAGAGUAAUAUGUUAUAUGUUUGAGUCAUUGCAAAUAGCUGUUCGAUUUGAGAGAUGAUAGGAAAAUGACAUAGUUUUCCAGGUAAUGAUUCUGGUAUUUAAUCAAGCAAAUGAAUCAUCCUUUUUCUGGCAUACUAAAUGUCAAUUGCUGUUUAUAUGAGGCUUAGAUUUUGAAUAUAGUUUCAUUUCAUUGUUUAUUUGAAGCUUAACAUCCAUGCAAAUUUAACUACAAGUAAAAUAUUUAUGAAUGAUUAAUCUAUUAUAAGAAAAUAAGUAAUAGAAUAUAUAUGACAAAGUCCUGUCUAGUUUGCAGAUGCUAGAGUUUCUUAAAGGAGAACUCCCCUACUACUCCAAAACUAAUGAGUGGAGAGCAGAUACUUUUUGACAAGAAUGUAUUUUAUUAAAUGGCAGAGCAUAAAUCUUUGACAUUACCUUUAAGCAUUUUUGGUAGAUAAUGUUAAAUUGCAAUUUCAAUAAACAUGAUUCAUACAUGAUUCAGAUUUUUUGGAGUUUUUUGAAUUUAGGUAAAUUCAUUCGUGGAAAUUGAGUUUUUUUAUUGGUGAGGCAAACUGGGAUUAUUCUUGAAA